AUGGCAAAUCAACAACACUGGAAACACAUUUGGCCGUCGGCCAACAUUCUAGCCGAUUUCAUUUUCUGCAAUCAGGAAUUGGUCAAAAAUCGCCGGAUUUUGGAGAUUGGCUCAGGAGCGACGGGGGUUUGCGGAUUGACGGCGGCGAAAAUUGGAGCCGCGCAUGUUUGGCUCAGCGAUCAUCCUGAGCAACAAGUUGCCUUGGAGACAUUGAAGGAGAAUGUGGAGAAUAAUGGAGUUGGUGGAAAUUGUGAGAUUUUGGUGAGUUAAUAUGAGCAAUGCUCAAUUUUUUGUGAAAACCUCAAAUUUUUCUGUAUAAUAUGAGCAAUCCUAUGAUUUUCCGAAAAAAAUAACAUGAGCAAUGCUCAAUUUUUUGGAGAAUCUCAAGUUUUUACACUAUAAUAUGAGCAAUCUUAUGAAUUUCGAGGAAAUAACCUGAGCAAUGCUCAAUUUUUGGAAAUCCUCAUAUUUUUACACUAUAAUAUGAGCAAUCUUAUGAUUUUUGAGGAAAUGCUCAAUUUUUUAAAAAACCGCAAAUUUUUACACUAUAAUAUGAGCAAUCUUAUGAUUUUUCGAGGUUAACAUGAGCAAUGCUCAAUUUUUUUGGGAAUACCUCGAAUUUUUGCAGUAUAACAUGAGCCUAAGUUAUGGCGUGGCAAAAUCGUGAAAAUUUUGAAAUUUUUAGCCACUGAAAAUGCCACGUGGCAAAUUCUUCAAAAAUUACCUGAGCAAUGUUGAAAAUCUCUAGAAAAUUUUAUGUCCGAAAUUCCAAAUGCUAACCUGAGCAAUCCGCAAAAAAAUCAAUGAUCCCGCAUUUUUCAGGGCCUCGACUGGGACAAUCCAAAAAGCAUCGAAAAUUUCCUCACCACCACCCAAAACCUGGAUCUCACCAUAGCUUCUGAUGUGUUUUUCGACCCCUCCACAUUCCAAGGACUUACCCGAACUUUUUCGCAAAUUUUGGAAAGAUUUCCCCAAUCUCAAAUCUGGUUCGCUUAUCAGGAAAGAGAGUUUAGUAGUUUUUUUUUCUUUUCAAAAACAUUUUCUUCAAAUUUCUGUCAAAAAAGUUAGAUAUGCAGGUUUUUCUAUCGUACUCUUUAGCAUGUUCCUUUAAUCUUUGUAGUUUUUUCUUCACUUUCAUUUUUUUCUUAUCUUAUCAAUUUUUUUUCUUCUGAUUUCUGGCCAAUUUUUUGUUUUUUUCCAGUGACAAUUGGACAACUGCAGAGCUUUUUGAGAAAAGUGGACUACACUCUAGUUUGAUCCGGAAGACUCAAGCCGACGCACAUACGAUUCAAUUGAUUUCGGUGGUCUUGAAGCGAGCGAGAAUGAAGUGGUACGGUGGAAUUGAGGGGUGAGUGGGAAUUUGAAAUUUUUGAAAAAUUUGUGGAUUUUGAGCUGCUGAUCCAGUUGUCAGAAAUUAGUUAGCUCAAGUCUGAAGAGAGUUAUGACGUGGCAAUAAAACAAUUAUAGAUUUUCAGCUGAAAAUCUAUAAUUCUGAAGCAUUGCUCAUGUUAAACCCUUGAAAAUUCAGAUUUUUGAGUCUUUCAAUAUGAAAAACAUCAAAAAUCGAUUUGUUUUUGGGUCUCGCAGCGAUCCAGACUACUGUAGACACCUUUAAAAUCGCAUUUUGAGCAGUGAAUGUUCUACAGUACUCCUGGGUUUCAGAAAAAUUGAUUUUGGGUCGCGAAACGAUCUACAGUAGUCUUGAAGCUUCAAAAUCAGAUUCAUGAAUUUUUGCCACGUCAUAACUCACUUCAGAGUUGAGCUAACUAGUUUUUUGACACCUGGAUCAUGAUCAGCAGGUCAAAAUUUACUAGAAAAAAUAUAUUUCAAAAGAAAUCUCGAUUUUCCAGAGGCGGAACCGCUUCAAAACUCGUCUUCAUCGAUGAAACCGGCGAAAAACGCAUCUGGUCUGAAUCGAUCGGCACAAAUUACUAUCUACAAGGCGUGGAAAAAGUCGGGGACCACGUUGCGGAAUGGAUCCGCCGCAUCGCCGCGGAAAACCGCGUGCUUCUUCCGCUCGAGUCGCUAGGAAUGGGUCUUUCCGGAGCGGAAGACGCGAGCAUCAAUGAGACUUUUUGCCAAUAUUUGAGGGAUAAUCAUGGAGAUAUUGCGAGAAAUGUGCAUUUAGAGUCGGAUGCGGUUUGUACGGUCGCAGCGAAUUUUGAUGAACGUAAGCGGAUUGGAUUUUUGGAUUCUCCAUAAAAUUCUACCCCGGAAACGUAUAAAAAUCAAAAUUUUGCACUAAAUUUCACUAGCGGGAUCGAACCCGCCACCUCUAGAUCACUAAAUGCAUCUCUAACCGACUGAGCCAAUUUUUUGCGAGAUGAAAGGUCGCGGGUUCGAUUCUUCGCGCAGGCGAAGUUUUUUAUAUGUUUCUUGGGUAGAAUUUCAUGGCGAGUCUGAAAAUCCACGUGGCAUCGGCUGAAAAUCCAGUUUUCUCCUAGAAAAUCCGAUUUUUUUUUGCAGAAGGCAUUGUUCUGAUUGCUGGAACUGGUUCAUCGUGCAGAAUGUUGAUGAAAAAUGGUGAAGUGAAAGGUGUUGGUGGAUGGGGACAUUCGAUUGGUGAUGGUGGAAGUGCAUAUUGGAUUGCGAAUCGAGCGAUUCGAACACUUUUUGAUGAUGAUGAUGGAUUGGAGAAGGCCAAGUUUGGUGUAGAGAAGAUUCGAGAACUUUUGUGUGAUGUGAGUUUUUUUCUAAAAAUUUUGAAAAUUUUUAAUUUUUGUGUGCUGUGAGUUUUUUAAGAUAAAAAAUCCCAAAAAAAUACGUUUCAAAAUUUUAUUUUAUAAAAAAAAUUCGAAAUUGGUUGUUAAUAUUUAGUUUCUAAAAUAAAUGGAAGCAAAAAUUGAAUUUAUUCCUAAAGCAAUGUUGGGAUAUAGCAAUGUUGGGAUAUAUUAGAUCUAUCAAAAAUUCUGAAAUUGAUGAACGCUCCAAAAUGAGCUCUGGAGAUUUUCAGAGAUUUUUAAAAGACCUAGAAGAAUCUAGAAGGCUCAGAACAUUUUUAUUGAUUUUUUUUUAGAAGAUUUGGAAAUUCUAUAAGGGUUUUCUGAUUUUUAAAAACCUUGUGAAGAAUUCUUGAAGAUCUGGAAAGUGUUCUGAACAUUCUUGAAGAUCUGAAAAUCCUAGAACAUCUAGAAGGUUUUUCUAAAGUUCCUAGAAGUGCUGAGAAGCCCCGGAACAUUUUUCUAAAUUUCUAAAAUAUCCCCAACUCUUUUUGAAGCCCCAGAAAAUUUUCUAGAUUUUCCAGAAUAUUUUGUCAAAUUUCUAGAAGCUCUGGAAAGUCUAAAAGUGUUUUUCUAGAAUUUUUAGAAGUUCGGAAAAGUUUCAGAAGGUUCAGAAAAUUUUACUGAAUUUUUAAAAGCCCCAAAAAAUUUUCUAGAUUUUCCAGAAUAUUUUGUAAAAUUUCUAGAAGCUCUGGAAAGCCUAAAAGUGUAUUUCUAAAAUAAGUAGAAGCUCGGAAAACUUUCAGAAGGUUCAGAAAAUAUUACUGAAUUUUUAAAAGAUCCUAUAAGGCUUUGCUGAUUCUCAGAAGCUUUGGAAACAAUUCCAGAAGCCUCAGAAAAUUCUAGAAGUCUUGGGACAACUUCUGAAGUCCUUAACAUCCCGUGAAAUCUAAAUCCGUACUUAUUUCAGCACUUCAAAAUCGCCGACAAAAUCGGAAUUCUCGAUUUUCUCUACCACAAAUUCGAAAAGCACACCAUCGCCCAAUUCACCAAAACGCUCUCUGAAAAUCCGGAAGAUCCACAAAUUGCUGAAAUUUUCAAAGAUGCUGGAAUUAUCAUCGCAAAACACGUGGCAGCUAUCAGUAAACAUUUGGAUUCAGAAGAUCGCAAAGAAUUAUCGAUUGUUUUGGUUGGAAGUGUAUUCAAGUCAUGGAAUCUGUUGAAAUCUGGAUUUGUUGAGGAAUUGAAGAGAGCUUCUGAUGGAAUUCGAAGAGUUAGGCUAUAUCUACCGUCUGAAAAUCCGGCUGUUGGUGCAGCUGUUUUUGCGGCGCAUUUGCUUUGUGCCACGAGAAUCGAGCAUGCGAAAAAUAAACAAAUUUGUGAUGUUAUUGAAAUUGUAUGA